GGCCGGCAGUGCGCCCCGGAACUGAGCGGCGGCGUUCGAGGCUCCUCCGACCCGCCCGCAGCCCGCGCCCGACUCGGGCGCCCCCUCCGUGCCACUCCGGGAGCGAUGCCCCCCGCCCCCCGCGCCCCCCGGGAGCGACGCGAGCAUGGAGAAGUCGAGUAGCGAGGAUUCUUCGAUCCACCGGAGUCCAUCUUUGGACAGCAAGGACUCGGACUUUGCCAAGCCGUCCACCUCGGGCCGCCCGUUCGGCCGCGGCUUCACGGCCGGCGCCUUCUACGGCACCGCGGGCUCCCGUGGCCCGAGCAGCGCCGAGGCUGGCGUGAAGACCGACAAGUACGAUGCGCCCAAAGGCAGCAAGUACGUGGUGUUUUACCUGGACCUGUCCUUUGUUCUCCUCCUAGAAUUUAAGAAGUGCAACAUGGCCAGAGGCUGCCUCUGCUGCUUGAAGUACACGAUGUUCCUCUUCAAUCUGAUAUUCUGGCUCUGUGGCUGUGGACUGCUUGGAGUGGGCAUCUGGCUCUCCGUGUCCCAAGGCAAUUUUGCCACCUUCUCCCCCAGCUUCCCAUCGCUGUCUGCAGCCAACCUCGUCAUGGCCAUAGGCACCAUCGUCAUGGUGACGGGCUUCCUCGGCUGCCUGGGGGCCAUCAAGGAGAACAGGUGCCUCCUCCUGAGUUUUUUCAUCGUCCUGUUGAUCAUCCUCCUGGCGGAGCUGAUCUUAAUUAUCCUCUUCUUUGUCUACAUGGACAAGCUCUGGCCUGAAGAGCUCGGCUCUCCAGGGUCACCGCCCCGCCCCCAGCGGGCCUCCCCCGCCCAGGAGAGCUGUGGCCAGCUGUGCCGGCCGACCUGGGAGAGCUGGGGAGCGGGGCGGCCUCCUGCUCUCCCCCGGCCUGAGUCUGCCCUCACCUGCCAGGUGAACGAGAAUGCCAGGAAGGACCUGAAGGAAGGCCUGCUGCUGUACAACUCGGAGAACAACGUGGGGCUUAAGAACGCCUGGAACAUCAUCCAGGCCGAGAUGCGGUGCUGUGGUGUCACCGACUACACAGACUGGUACCCGGUGCUGGGGGAGAACACGGUUCCCGACCGCUGCUGCAUGGAGAACUCCCAGGGCUGUGGGCGCAACAGCAGCGCCCCCGUGUGGAGGACGGGCUGCUACGAAAAGGUGAAGAUGUGGUUUGAUGACAAUAAGCACGUGCUGGGCACGGUGGGGAUGUGCGUCCUGGUCAUGCAGAUUCUGGGCAUGGCCUUCUCCAUGACCCUCUUUCAGCACAUCCACCGGACUGGGAAAAAAUAUGACGCCUGAGCGGGUCGGCCGAACGCCCCGGCCCCGCGGACACUGCGCCAGGGAAGAGGCCUUUAGCUUGUGUUGCCUGCCCGCACCCUCCAGACUGCUGACCCCUGCGCCCGCCUCCCUGGCCUGCCUUCCCCGCCGCCCGCUGCAGCCUUCUCGGCAGGCGGAGGCCAGGGAGGAGGAGGCACAGAAACCUUGGGGUGCUGGGGUGCCCGGAUUCCUGUGUAUUUGCCAAAGAAGACAGGGUGGGCGGGGGGUGUGCUCUGGGAGCCCCCCGGCACCGGUGCGCUUCUGCCCUGUCCUUCCUCCGCUGACACUUUGUCCCCGUGUGGUGUGGGGCGGGAGGCGCAGGGCUCCCUCCCCGUGGAGAGACUGCCCGGCGGAGGCCCCGGUGCCCCUGGCCGCCCGGAGAGCGGGUGCGCGGACGCGGGCGGGGCUGACCGGCUCCCGGCCGGGCCCCAGGAAACAUCUCGCCCAGGCUUUUUAUACCUUACAGUGUAACUUUUCUAUUUUAUUUUACUCUGAUUAUGAUUAUUCAGGAAUACUAUCUCUUGGAUAAGUUUAGGGUUAGCUUUCUUUUUUUUUU